UAAGGACUCGGAUUUGUAAGAAGCCAUUUAACUGAGCUGGGAAACAAGAGCACACUUCCGACUCUCCAAGACAAAGAAUCCACAAACACAAACUGCAGAGGCCUGAAGCACCACUCAGAUUUCGCCCAUGGCUCCCUCUGUGCCCAGAAUUGAAAUACACCACUGUCUGCUCCAGCCGUUCAGGAAAGACAGUUGGUGUCCCUGUGGCCUUGUUGUGUCUUGGUUCGCAUUCUCCUCCAUCCAGAGCAUGGGUUGACUCAACUGUGGCAGACAGCAAAAGUCAGGCUGAGAGGUGCCCUGGGAGGGACCAUGGUGCCAAGGCAGUUGUGGGAGAAACUGAAGCAGUCAUUUCUCUUCCUGAGCAGUGCCUCGCUCCUUCUGGGGCUGGCUUUACUGGUCAUACAGCCUAACAUUGCCCCUUUUGCUUAUUUCUUCCUCUGCUUGGCUGGCUUCUGCUUUCUUGCCUGCCUCUUCGCCUGUGUGGUGGAACGGAGCCUCCGAUCUAGGCAGAGCUCAAGGCAGACUGAGAAUUCAGAGGCCCCAGGCAAUGCGCGGGUCAAUGAGGCUUUUGAGGUACCAACCUAUGAACAGGCCGUAGUGAUGGACUCAGAAACACAGCACCACCUCCAAGAGCUGGAGCAACCACCCCCUUACAGCAGUGUCGUUAUAGCCCCAGGAGUUGAGGGGGCGCAGCCUAGCCAGCUAGAGAGGCCCAGCCCAGGAAGGCUGAAGAGACGAGUGGGCUCAGAGGGGACAAUGUCUCGCAGAGGAAAUCCUGGAGGAGCUCUUCGACUUAGGGGCCCACGAGUUGCAUCCACUGCUCCCGAUCUGCAAAGCUUGAGGGUGGCCCCCAAAUUGGAGCCCACUACUCCACCCCCUGCCUACGACAUCUGUUUUGCUUACCCUGAAGAUGACAAUGUUUUCUAUGAAGACAAAUGGAUACUUCCCUAGGCGAUGCUCUCAGAACUUAUCAUCGCGGCACUCCUCUGCCCAGCAUUUCCUACUAUCUACUUAAUCAGAAACUGGUUUUGCCUGCCCGAACGUCAUAGAGGGGGUCUUCAAACCAGCCGGGAGGCAGACUAUGGAAAGCCCUUCCCAUUUGAGAUAUGGGUGGCAGUUGGAUUCAUCUGGAAAAAUUCUGGAGCCCAUCUGACGUCCAGCAUUUCCAAAGUAAGGUGGAAGAUGAGAGAGAGAGAGAGAGAAACUGGAGUGGUACAUCGGAGUGACAGCUGUUUCAUCAAACCUCGCUUAGAUUCCUGGUGGGGUAUUACGUAACAGGGUAAUUAGAGACUCUAAGGGUGAGGGGGGCUGGAGAGUUUUCACAAAACCAAAAUGCUAGUUAAAAAAAAAAAACAUAAAAAUAACUCGAGUCAAAUCCUAACCCCGGUGCCUAUUGUUUUCAAUACAAACCAGGCAAU